AUGGAGCAACAGAAGGAACUCUCUACCCUCUCUACCCUGAAGCAGAGGUUUGAUGAACAGCUGAAGGAUAACAUCAAAAGGAGUGAGCAUUCGCCUGGCUUAUGUAACAGCUGUAUUGCUGGAAUAGGGGAUUGGGAUUGGCAAAUUGAGUCCCUAGUUUACCUCGCAGGCCAAACGUGCCCAGAGGGAUGGAGGAAGUUUGAGAAUGCCUGCUAUCAUCACUCGGACCAGAAGAAGUCCUGGAAUAACGGCAGGAAUGAUUGCAUUAAGAAAGGAGGUGAUCUGGUGGUUAUAGACAGCUCCCAGGAACAGUAUGAGGGUGACUUUUGGAUUGGUCUGACUGACUUGGAGCAGGAAGGGACCUGGAAAUGGGUUGAUGGAGCACCACUGAUUCUAAGCAAUUGGGAGGAAAAACAGCCUGAUAACGGUAAUAAAAUAGCCAAAUACGGGGAAGAAGACUGUGCCCAGAACAGAAGGCCCACGUGGAAUGACGUCUCCUGUGAUACCAACCUGCAAUGGAUCUGUGAAGCAUCAGCAGAAGACGCUCAGAUCUCAAUGGCUCAAUAAUCAGUGUUCAUAGGUUGUCGUUGUUGGCUUGCAUGAGUGUAUUUUAAUAUCGGCACGCUGAAAAACUCAUGUUUUUUGAUGGUGCAGCAGUCAUCGCUACAGUACUUGUCGUCCCCUUGUCCUAGUGCCUGUUGAGUUUUGUGAGGGAAAAUUACUUUUUUUUUUUUCUGAAUAGUUUUGAGGUGUGUUAAAUUGAGUUGCACUUUUGAGUUGAAUUGGGAUUAGUUUAACCAUUUUAAUUGUACAUCAAUGAAGGUAUUGAAUGAUGUUUAAGCAUUGUUUCCAUGUCAUUGAGUAAGCUAAAUGUAAAUUAAAGGCAAAUCAUUUUGCUGAAUUGUAAAUGUUCAAUAAACCAUUUAUUUCAGGAAAACAAUGAACAUUUUAAGAAUGUGGUUUGAAAGAUAGAUAGUAAAUUACAUUUGUAAUAACUCAGAUAUCAUCAGGAAUAAAAACUUGAUCGUGAGACUGCAGAUGGUUGUAAAAAAACAACAGCUGAGAGAAUAAGUAUUCAGCUUGUGUCAAGAUUUAUUGACCAUGAUUUACGACGUAGCUGUCAAGAUGGAUGGUGGCAGCUGUGUGACAUCUGGGACCUUUGACCUGAUUGUCUAUGAAAAAACAAUCUUUAUUAAAAGAAUGGCAUAGGAACCUGUUUUUUUUUAUAAUUAUUACGUAUAAAUCAUAAUGACAUGAAUGAUGGGAAACAGGUGAGGUUAUAAAUGGGUCAUAAAUGUUUAAAUAUAAAAGAGACAGCUGAAAACAGGGUUUCCAACAGCACUUUACAAAUCAAGCACAGAUGUUGGCAUCUGUAUAAUAUAGGUCAGGAAAAAUCAAGCUUAUUAACACAUUCCCCUGAUAAAAAAAAAAGAAAGAUUACCUCCAAUAUGAAGCACCUGUCAGCCUUUUCAAACUGAACCUUUGAGGGAAAAUUAUUUAUGUAUCAAUAUAGACAUGUAAGAAUAAGAAACCUGAAUUGCAUUAAUGAGUCUAUAACAAAAAGGAGCAUGACACUGGGUGUCCUCUGCCAUCAACAUCAUGCUCACCUCAUGAUCCCUUUUUCUGGUCUUCGAGAUCCUGUAGAUCGGCUGCAGUGAUCCUAACCCUGCGUUCACACCAA